AUUUUUUUCAGGCUCAACAUCAAUUCGUUUUUGGCAACAUCAGGUUAUAUCGUCAAGAUUCUCUACAUUGAGAGCUACACUGUAGCUGUUGAUGUAGUAAAGGCAAGUAACGAUGUCUUCACCGGAAAAGACUGCCGAAGCGGCGGCUAGUGAGCCACAGACCGCCACAACGAAUGCGCCCUCUGUCGAGGACAACGAAUCAGCGGUUGUAGACAUUGAGAAGAGUUUCGCAGCUUGGAUAUGUGUCUUUGGCAGCUUUUUGUUCCUGAUGCCCACAUAUGGCAUGAUGCAGUCUGUCGGAACGUUCCAAUCUUACCUAGAGCUAAAUCAGCUUUCCGAUUAUUCAGCUGGUGAUAUUGGCUGGAUCCCUGGCAUGUAUAUGUUUGUGUCAAUGCUUGUCGCCAUUCAAGUCGGUUCGUUCCUUGACCAGCGCGGUCCUUUUGCUAUGAGUAUUGUUGGGGGAGGCGGCAUCGUCAUCAUGUUUGUUCUGCUGGCUGAGUGCAGUCAAUACUGGCACUUCAUGCUCUGUUUUGGAAUCUUUGGUGGACUAUCGACUGCUAUUGCUGGAACUAUCCCCGUAGCAGUGGUCGCGAAACUCUUUUCUCGAAAACGUGGCUUCGCUAUCGGAAUAGCCCUCACCGGCUCAUCGACAGGAACAGUGAUCUUUCCGAUCAUGCUUCGAUCACUGCUCCCAAAGUUGGGUUGGAGCUGGUCGAUGAGAGUGCUGGCCUUUGUCAUCCUUGGCAUCUUCACACUCGGAACAAUCUGCUUCAUUCCUUACCGUCGACUUGUCAAGCUCGUCAACAUGCCGAUAGCGAAGAAAGGCGGCCUCUCUCUUCUCAACUUCUCUGCCUUCCGUUCUGUGGCUUUCACGCUGGUCUGUGUUAUGUUCUUUGCAACCCAGUUUGUUCUUUAUGGAAUUGGUGGCCUGUUGCCGACUUUUGCGAUCCAGGCUGGCUUGACAGCCGAAACUGGCUACACUCUGGUUUCAAUCAUCGGCGGUGCUUCGGCUUUCGGUCGUGUUAUUCCCGGCUUGGUUGGUGAUAAGCUAGGCCAUUAUAAUGUUUUGAUAUUUAUGAUGGCUUUGACAUUGGUCUUCAUGGGGACACUAUUUGUCCCCUUUGGCGACAAUAGUGUCGUGUUGUACGUCUUUACAGGCAUCUGGGGUUUUUGUUCUGGAGGUUUCUUAUCUAUAACACCAGUCUGUGUCGGCAAGACAUGUGAACCAAAAGAUUACGGACGAUAUUACGGGACCAUGAAUUUCGUCAUUAGCUUCUCUCUACUCAUCGCAAUCCCAAGUAGCGGCACAAUGAUAGAGAAGAUGGGAACUCAAGCUCUCAGCGGCUUCCUUAUGGGAGUUCUAGCUCUAGGCCUGGGUUGCUUGUUUGCAUCACGCGCCGUCCUAGCAGGAAACUGGUUUGGGAUCAAGACCAAAAUUUGAAAAGGUUAUGGGGAUUUAUCAGGGGAAAAAGACGGGUUUAGACAUUAAAAUGGCGUAUGAAUAGACUAUAAGCUUGAGUUCCAACAUCAUGACUCUUGACUCACCUCUUCGGUAGUAUACGACGGACGAGGACGUCUAAUUCUCCCGAAAUUUGAUGUUAUUUUCUUUCGCAUCGGUAGUCCUUGUAACCGAGGUUCAAAGGCGAUACUAUGGUGAGCCUCAACCUCUUCCGACACAUUCCGAUCCGUCUUCCCUCCAUUCAGCCUGAGGAGCAUCAGCUCAGGCCGAUGCUUUCUAACAUCAAAAGAAUCACUCGUAUCCUGUGGCUCUGCAGAUUUGUUCUCAUCGGAGAAUGCAUCGACAGGAAAAAGCCAAAAUCCAAAAGCCGGCCUCACAGCCUUGCUGAGAUCUUCAUCUCGAAUUUCUGGGGUUUCCGAAGCUGCAACACUCUCUAUUUCUUGUUCAUAGGAAGGCCUCCUACUGUCAGGCUUUGCUGUCCAUCUACUUUCUUCCCGCUGCAACCAAUCCUCAGCAUCCCUGAGCUUACAUAUGUUGUAACCAGGACGGAAAGCGAGCAACAGACGGUAUCGUUCUUCACAUGGUUUUACUCCUAUCCUUUCGAGAACUUGAAGCCAUGAAUCAUAUAAACGCUUUGGAUCGUGGACGUGAAGAUGGCUUAGAUAGUUUUCGAUAGUACGAGGAUCAGGCCCAAUACGAUCGAAGCUGUGCGGUGUAGCAUGAAUGGGAAAUGAUCUGUCGAGGAACCUCUUGUGGAUUGUUGGCCAUCCAGUUUCAUCGCCAAUCAUCUGACGAGUGCAUUCCUGGAUAGAGACCAACCAAACUUCAUUGAGCUCACUGAUAAUUUCCUUGAAGGUUCUCACUUUUGCGGAUGUAAUUUCUGAUGGCCCUAUUGCGUCAAGACCGGUUGGACGUCCUCCCAGCUGAUCGCGGCCGAGGGCAAGGUUUCUGAGUCCGAUAUUACGCGGAUCAUACUUUGUCUUCAAGUCGCAGACAAAGUCAAUUAUAGCCUUCGUGUCUUGCUUUAUAUGGAAAAAAUCAUAUUCAGGAUUAUAAUGGACCGUUCCGGAAGUCCAGGGGGUGAGGCGAUGUUUGGAUUCUCCGACCGUCAACCAACAGGGGAGAUGAACCCUAUGAAACGACAGCGCUACCUGUCUGGAUUCUGCAUUGACUCUGAGAAGCUUGCUGAGGAGUUGGCGGCCGUUAACAGCCAGAUAGUAGGGUAGAUCAUCCUCCCCGGGUUUUAGCGAAGGAGAGUGAAUGCCCUUCCUAGUACGAUUUACACAGAAGCUGGCGUGCGACCUGAGGAAGAUUUUGAUGAUUCUUUGAUUUCGUAGAGACCAUGUCCAUAUUGAGGCUCGUAUCUCUGCUGGGAGUGAUGAGAACUGCGUGAACGAGGGCAGGCUCACAACGUCAGUCCCAGGGUUGAAAAUGUCUAAAUGACUCUGAGACAUUUGUAUGAUACGUGCAAGAUAUUACUUCUCGAAAGGAACGACGUAUUGGAAGAUGUUGGCAGUGGAGUAUGUUGAAAAAUC